AUGCUGCUGCCCGUCUUGCUGUGCGUCGCCACUUACCGACCACUGAGCGUGCGCACUUUAGCCAUCACCCGGCUCCCUGACUCUCUUCGCUUAGUCAGGGACCACUUCCUCUCAGUUUGCCCCACCACACUCACCGUUGACCUCCUCGAGGAGCGCCUCUUAUCAGCAGAGAAGAGCAUAGUCGCUGUAGGAGCCUCUCGUGGUGACCCUUGCACCCCCGUCUUUGAGGGGUGUUCCCCCUCCCCCCUCUUGCCCUCUAUUGCUUCUGCUGCUGCUGCCGACCUUGUUGGUUUCUACGGGGUCGGCGCUGCGUCUGCCUCUAGCGGGAGACGCCGCAUCGGCAAGGGCAAGGGGGGCAAGGGAGCUGGAGGGGCUAGCGAGGGCGGUGGAGGUGGUGGUGGAGGCAGUGGAGGGGGUGGGGGUGGUGGUGGGAGUGGUGGCGGGGGUGGCGGCGGCGGUGGCAGCAGUGGAGGCGGAGGAGGCGGCGGUGGUGGCGGAGGGAGCGGAGGCGGCGGAGGUGGCGGAGGCGGCGGCGGCGGCGGCGGUGGAGCUGGUCGCGACUCUGCGCAGAGCAGUGGGUCCAGUGGUGGUCCACGCGAGUAG